CCGGGUAUUGAGAGGCUCGUCGCGGGAGCCUCGGACCUCCCCCCCCUUCCCGUUGAUGAGGAGCCCGGAGGCCAUUUAGCCGCGCUUGAUUGGAUGCUUCGGGGCGGGUUAACGCUCAUGGAUCCCACCGUGCUGCAGGAGGCCAGCCGGAUAACUCCCGACGCCAGGACGCACUUCAAAGUCUGCAGGUUCCUCAUGGAGGCAGGUGUGAAACUGGGCUUGCGCUCCAUCCCUGUUGCCACGGCGUGCAGCAUCUAUCACCGCUUCUUCACGGAGGUGCCUCUGGAAUUCUACGACACAGGGACAGUGGUGGCAGCAAUACCCGGAGGUAGUGGAGAAGAACUGCCCCUUCAGCGUCUUUCCUCUUGCCUCCCCCGCAGGUACAUGCAUCCUCGGAGCGAGCCGCUGGAGCUGGACACCCACUUCUGGGAGCUGAGGGACAGCAUCGUCCAGUGUGAGCUGCUCAUGCUACGGGUGCUCUGCUUCCGGGUCUCUUUCCAGCACCCUCAUAAGUACCUGCUCCACUACUUGCUGUCCCUGAGCAGUUAA